GUGGUUUCACGAGCAAAACGUAUCGAACUUGCCAAAAGUUAGGAUGGAAUCGCCACCAGCCAAUCCCAUUCCUUCUGCCCCGACGCCGCUGCUUUUGUGUUAUUUCUUUCAUAUAUGCGGCUCGAGUGCCCAAGGUCCUCCACCAGAUCCGUCCGAUCCCUAUGCCAUCCUCGAUGACUUUGCUGACAGCUGGCAGAAGCGUCUGGACCCACUGUUGAAGAUUGAGGCCAAGAUUUAUGGAAUACAAAACAACUUUGACAAUGAAAUAAGGAAGCUCAAAGAUGCGAACGCUGAUCCCACCUAUCAAGCGGUGCUGCAAGAUAUUAGCGUAAUGCUCAGACAGCUAACUGACGCAAUGAAAGCUGAUUAUUCAGAAGCCCUUUCUUAUAUUAUAAAGGAUGCUAAAGCGUUUGUAAAAAUUGUUUUUGAACCGUAUAUCACGGCGAAGUCCGGUUUCAUGAAGCAAGCAGUUAGCUUUGUUAGCACAGGACCUGAAGCAAAAAAAGCCUGUGCUGCUAACUUGGUUAACAAUUAUCAAGUCACAGAGUUAGGAUAUUUUGCUUUCAUUACAAACUUUUUUGCAGUGUUUGUGGUGGCUGGGGAUAUUUAUUACUAUCACUACUAUACUGAAGUCAUCAAACUUUUGAAAGCGAAUGUUUUAUCCUUCUUGAGCUACUGCAAGAAUCCUUUAUACUCAAGUAAUGAAAUUAAAUCCUAUUUCGAAUUGUUUUACCCUGACCAUGUAAUGUUAUGUCAUAAGUCUAUUGGAGCAAGUAUUACUGAUUUGUUCAACCUUAACGAAUUAUGCAAGGACGUAUUUUAUACACUGAACCAAGGAUUAUUGAGUGCACUUAUUCAGCAACAACAGUUGCUUGAUUCCUGCUAAUGUCAAUUGUUUCUCAAAUAUAUAAGCACGUUCCAAAAUAA